GUAUUCUCCAAUUUAAAUACAGUUCAAACAUCAACAAAUGAAAAUUGCACAAUUUGAAGCGUGUUUAUUAAAAAAGAGGAUUUAAGAAACAAAAUGAAGCUUUUAACACAUAACAUGUUGUCAUCUAACUUCGUUAAAGGUGUUACAAAAGGGUUUCCUUUGAAGAUUAUGGCCAGUAAAAUUGAAGAAAAAGAAGUUGAUUUUAAUCCUGAAUUUAUAAGCCGGAUGAUUGCAAAGUUAGACUGGCCAGCUUUAUAUACAGCUGCUGGUGAUAUCAAAAAAGCAGAAGGAGUACCAGAAACUAUUGCAGAAAAUUAUGAAUCAAAUGAAGAUUUUCUGAAAAUUGCACAUAAUCUCUUAUUACAGGUUGAGAUUAUAGAAGGUAAUUUAGUCUGUCCAGAAACGGGUAGAAAGUUCCCAAUAACAAAUGGAAUACCAAAUAUGUUGCUUCAUGAAGAUGAAGUUACUGGUGACAAAUAGGCUUGUUUAAUGACUAUGCCUCUGUAUAUAUUGUGAAUAUUUGGAAGGACAAAGGAGAAUUUCUUUGCUAUUAUAUUUUAGCCUGGCCGAUUCCAUUUGUUUUGCAUUUCCUGUUAAAAGACAGCUGUUAUUACAUGUAUUUCCAUAAUGGACACUUGGAAUUGAUAAAGACAGUAGAAAUUAAUAUUUAUGUUUGUAAAAAAACUUUCCUCAAACUUGAGCAUCAUUUAGUACAUAAACUAAAUGGUACCUGGUUGUCAUUGUUUGUGUUCAAGUAGAGCAUUAUUAAAUGCUUAACUUGGAAUUUUGGUUUGUGUUUAUAACCAAGAUAUUUUUGUUACUGAAAUAAAACAUAAAUUGUUUAUUUGUUUCUUUUUUAUGCACUGACAUUUAAAGCGAUAUAGUUGCAUAUUUUCUAAGGAAGUCAAAACAUAAUAAUAUCUAUAUUAUUAUUUAUUGCUUAAUAAGUUGUCAAAUCACUAUUAUUAGGUCAUAGGAAUCAAUUUAGCACUAAAAUCUAAUCAAUCAGAUUAACAAGCUACAACAUGUUCAAAAUUCUUCACUAAAAACUAAAAAUUAUCAACAGGUCUCCCCUGUAUUGCAAUCCCUACAUUGGCUCCCAAUUCAGUUACUCCUAUUUGUCUUCAAAGUGUUAAAUGGCCAAGCUCCAUCUUAUAUAACAAGAGCAUCGCUAACGCAGCAAUAUACGUCCACAUUCCUGUUUUGUUUGAUAUGGUCCAGUUUGCAUUGAGGGUCUGUGAAAUAAAACUGGGUUGUAGGACUGCUAUCAGUAUAACAUUUCGUUCACAUUAACAGAACACAAUUUUUAUUUUAAAACAAUCGAUGUCUUUAUUCUAAAAGCAUGACGUUUUUUUUUUGUUUUUUUUUGCUUGAUUGAUAA